ACAACUGACAACUCCAUAACCCCACAAAAAAAAAAAAAAAGGGACCCCAUAUUCCAUUCCAGCUCCCAAAACUCCGUUAAAGACUCGAUCUUUUUUUCCGAUCAAAACCCACCGACGACGAUGGAAACCAACAACUGCAUGUCGGUGCUGUCGUGCGUCAGCACCAACGUCGCCUCGGCCUUCUUCGCCUCCCUGGAGCGCUGCUCCUGCAUCAACCUCAGCACCACCGAUUUCGAAGACGACGACAACAACAUCAUCAGCGCCGCCGCCGACGACCACGGCUCCCUCUUGCUCUCCUCCGGGCCCACCUCGGAGACGGCCCAGCCCAAUCUCAAUCUCAAUCUCAAUCAGCCCGCCCCGGCCGCCCACGAGGUCGCCGCCUGAUGUUAACCGCUCACGGUGAUUGUACAAUACCUUUUUCUUGAGGAAGAAGAAGAGAAGAAUAAUUUCACUGUUUUUGCUUCCUAGUUGUGUGGAAUGUGUAUGUGUAUGUGUAUGUAUCUUUGUUAGAAAUUGUGAUCGUGUUUGGGUUUGUAUCACAUUUUGUGUUAGUGAAAUGAAUUUUGUAAAUUGGUGUGGAAAUUUUGUGUCUUUACAACCAUCAUAUGUGAGUAGUAGUUUGGAUUUUUCGUUUAUGAAUUGAAUUCCUAGAACUGAUAUAGUAUCGGAAUUUGUUUUUUCUACAGCUGUGAUUGUGAUCCCAUUUCUUGUUAUUUCAAUUUCGGCUUAGAUUCUUUGCUUGUGGCUAGCUACUGAUGAGAUUCCCUUUAGUGGGUUUAGAUUGUUGCAAGGUUCGAUCUUUCCUAUAUGGGAAUGGAAACCCACCUAGGAUGGAUUCUCUUAUGCUUGGUGCAGCUUUGGAGUUUUUGGUGUGGUGUCUUUUUUAUGAUAAGUCGAUGAGUCUAUGCAGAGGUCUUGGAUGUCUGUACCAAUUUUGUGUUUGCUAGAUUCGGUAUAUUUGUUUCAAUGUCAAUUGUCCAACUUCUGGUGGGUUUAUGUUGAACUUUGCUUGAAAAUGGGAUUCUAUCUGCAAACUCGCACAGCGGUUAGCGUAUCUUAUUCAAUAGGGUAUUGACUUGUUUGAUGCAUCUUGUGGUAACUGGUUUUGGUGUUCAUUGAUGGUUCUUCUCUCUAGGUGUUCUGUGACUUGGUAAACUGUAGACAUAUGGGAAGAAAGGAACUUAACAAUUCACCUGCAUGGGGGUGAAGUUUAUGUCUCCAUAUGGCUGACAAAGUCUCAUAUUGAUGGAGCUUGAUGUGAUCCUUAUUUUCCUUGUAGAAUUCCUUUUGAGUAUCUAUAUUGGCUAGUGUUCUUUUUGGUCGGUAUUCAGUGUUGUGGUUCUUGUUCAUUUCAAAGACUAGCUAACAUUUAGGGGCAAGCAGAAUUUGCAACAUGAAUGACAGUAAAAGGGCCUAGUAGUAUGUUUCAGACUGUUCCUGUUGUAUUUUUUUUUCUCCAGCACAGUAAUGACAUGUAAUACAGUACAUUUUCUGUAUUGAAGUUUCAAAGUUUUUCCAGGUUUGAUGAUCUGUGUCGUGACAUGAUGUACGACAAAAAUGAUUAUAUAGUAAGAAUUACCAGUCUGAUCAAGCUCUGCUUCCAUUAAUGGAAGAUUUUGCGGUACAUUCCAUUAAUGCAAGAGAUCUGCUGCAAUAUGCGACAAAAUCUGUUCAAACUUUCGCAGAUUUGUCAUUGUUUCCUUAACAGGUAAUUUUUAUCUUCAUGACAGAACACUGUAAUAGAGUCUUGUAUUGAUUUGAGUUUUGCAUACAAGUAUGAGUGUUCUAAGUGGUGGAAAGUUACCUAUGGUAUUCAAAUGAAAACUUCACCAGGUAUAGUAAAUUCAUACUGUGUUCCUGCGGCUGCUCGAAUCAAAUAUUAUUGAGCAACAAAUCUCUCCUCAAGGAUCAUCUCUAAAACAUAAACCAGAAGGGAAUUAAAUAUCAGGAGUACGAAAACAAACAUACAUGGAUGUCCGCUUUGCCAAGUUGUAGGCUACAACUUGAUGCACUCAGAAGUAUGGUUUAUGGUCUUGUCGAAAUUGAGAUGUUGUACUGAAGUUAGCAUGUUUGGUUUGGGAUGAUUGUUUCAACAUAUUGGCAAGAAAGAUUAGGCGGUACUGAAUCAACUGCAGGGGGGAAUAAUCGAAGGAGGAUGAAUAUGCAGAACUUUCAGAUUAUGGAAAUUUUUUAUGCAAGAUCAUGGAAUUAUUAAUCACAAUGCAUUACUAUGUUAGAUUUCCACUACACAUUUGCAGGAAGGAAGGAGAUACAUUAGCCAUUAUUCAAUAAGUCCAAAAACAAAUCACUUAUCUUCAUUAUCUCUCCAAAAAAUCAGCAUCACAAUGCAACGCUGGAUUAUAUACAGCUUUGCUCGCUUUCCCUUCAAGAUUCUAUCUCUUGGAACUGCAACAUUGGAUUCUCUCCGCGGAGGUAAAGGCAGACACCCCAUCUCUCUUCUGCAGAACAGAACGAAUCCUUUUCAACAGUUGAAUCAGAACGGGGCAAAGGGCUCAUAUGUUCCAUUAAACCAUUUGAAAGUUUUCUUGUACAUUAAACACAACGGCUAGUUUCCACUCUAAUGAGGAUCAUAUCGAAAAACUAUUUGUCUUUCGAUAUAAUAGAUUCCAUGGGAAAAUCACAGUUCUAAUGAAGGUGGGGUUAGGAUGUGAAGGCGUGCAAAAACUGUUCUUAUGAUUUUGAGUCGAAGGGUCUGUCUAUCUAAAGCACAUCACAAAAUCCCAUCCGUCACUUUUCUCUCCAUUUUCAUAUAACAGAUUUACAGACACAAAACUGUUUUGCUUUACCAUAGAUAUGGUACAACACAAUGAUAUAUGGUCACUGACCAUAUGCUUGUAUAUAAAGACUGACCAUUCUAAAAAGGGUUUGGAUCAAACUAGGGAGCUAAAGGAUAUCUAGGUAGACACUGAUAGACAAUACAAAGGGUAUAGGGGAGGCAGCUGUUAUGUUCAGGUGUGUCUAUGUUAUUGGUCAAAUGACAUGAUUGAACUCAACAAAGGAGGAUAUUGACAGAAAAAGAAGAGUGAAAUUUCUUUUAGGAUAGAGAACUGUUAAGACAUUCCCCACAUAGGGGUCACAUUGAAUAAUCACAUCCCCAACAGCUUAUUAUCACCAAUGCCAUGUUAGAGAAAUCAUGAAAGCUGACAAACAUGAUACUCCUGGAAGAAGAAGAACCCGUGCUUUUUCUCUCUUCCAAUCAAACUUUACAGUAGACAAAAGAGAAAAGGCAGGCAAAAUAAAAAAGUAUAAAAUGGUUUCAUCGACUCACUCUAUCAAACAACCCUCCAGCCCUCUCUAGCCACUAGUCAGAUCUCUUUGUGGCUGAAAAUGGUGAACUUUUCCACUUCAUUUCUUCUAUGGCUAAGUUUAUCGUUGAUCCACGGUUACAAUGUGCUUGUUAUGGCACAAUGCCCUAGUGGAGGACCAGCCAAGUUCUAUGAUUUCAAGGUACAAACCACAAGAGUUGCUAAACUUUGCACCAGCAAAGAUAUGGUGACUAUCAAUGGAAUGUUCCCAGGGCCGGUUAUUUAUGCUCAAGAAGAUGAUAGAAUCAUUGUCAAAGUAACCAAUGAGACACCUUACAAUACCACAAUUCACUGGCAUGGUGUGAAGCAAAAGCUGUCAUGCUGGUUUGAUGGACCUUCGUACAUCACGCAAUGUCCGAUUCAAGCUGGCCAGAGUUUUACAUAUAAUUUUACAAUGGUGAAGCAGAAAGGCACCUUUUUCUGGCAUGCUCAUGUUUCAUGGCUAAGGGCAACCGUCUAUGGUGCCCUCGUAGUUUAUCCCAAAACCGGGGUUCCUUACCCAUUCAAAGUGCCUUAUGAAGAACGUAUCUUAAUACUAGGGGAGUACUGGCUUCAAGAUGUUGUACAACUUGAGCAUGAGACUGUAGCAAGCGGAGGACCUCCUACACCUGCAAAUGCCUUUACAAUCAAUGGCCACCCAGGCCCCAAUUACAACUGCUCCAACAAUGAUGUAUAUCAAAUUGAUGUGGUAUCUGGGAAGACAUACAUGCUACGGCUAGUACAUGCAGGCUUAAAUGUAGAGAGUUUCUUUGCCAUUGCCAAUCACAACCUGACCAUUGUUGAAGCUGAUGCAGAGUACACAAAGCCGUUCACCACAGACCGUGUGAUGCUCGGACCAGGCCAGACUAUGGUAGUCCUGGUCACCGCCGAUCAGCCCCAAGGAAAAUACUCCAUGGCCAUGGGACCUUACAUGUCAGCAAAGGGUGUUAAGUUCCAAAACAUUUCAUCCAUUGCUUACUUUCAAUACUUGGGGGCUGUAACUAAUAGCUUCACUUUACCUGCCAAGCUACCCAGCUUUAAUGAUAAUCUUGCCGUUAAGACGGUAAUGGAUGGAUUAAGGAGCCUAACUGCACCUGUUAAUGUCCCCAGAAAGAUUGACAGUGAGCUAUUUAUCACCAUUGGGUUAAAUGUUCAAAAGUGUCACUCCAAGACACCCAAGGAAAAUUGCCAAGGCCUUAACAAUGGGGUUAUGGCAGCAUCAAUGAACAAUAUAAGUUUUGUGAAGCCUAAAGUUUCAGUCCUGGAAGCUUAUUAUAAGAGGAUAAAUGGGUAUUUCACUGAGGACUUCCCUGGGGUACCCAAGAAGUUUUAUGACUUUGUUAAUGGAGCACCUAAUAGUAUUCCUAAUAAUACAGAGGCAAUAUUGAAUGGGACUAGAACCUUGGUCCUUGAAUAUGGUACUAGAGUGCAACUGAUUUUGCAGGACACUGGGACUGUCACUACUGAGAACCACCCAAUUCAUCUUCAUGGCUAUAGCUUCUAUGUAGUUGGGUAUGGUACUGGGAACUACAAUCCCCAAAAUGCAAGCUUCAACUUGCUGGAUCCACCCUAUAUGAACACCAUUGGAGUUCCAGUUGGUGGAUGGGCUGCUAUUCGUUUCGUCGCUGACAAUCCUGGGGUUUGGUUUAUGCAUUGUCAUUUGGACAUACACCAGUCAUGGGGAUUAGGAACAGUGCUUGUUGUAAAGAAUGGAAAAGGAAAGCUUGAAUCACUUCCUCACCCUCCUGCAGACCUGCCUCAAUGCUAGUGCCAUUGAUUUAUUUAUUUUUUUGGUCUGUUAGUGCCUAUGGAUUUCAAUAGCUGACACAGAAGGAUUGUUGUAACCUUUUACUUUCCAGUCAAGUAUUCUUUGUAUCUUGUAUCUAAUGUGUUACUGUACCAUUUCUCUGAAACUUUUAAAUUGUGGGUGUAAACAAGAAGAAUUAAUGAUGAAUAUAACAAGGGAUUUUUCUCUU